AUGAAGAGAUUACUGACGAUGAUGGACCUGGAGGCGAGGGCGCAGGACAUGGUGGCGGAGAAGAGGUCAUACACGGUGGGGAAGAGGGUGCUGUACACGGCGGAGAAGAGGCCGAACACGGCGGAGAAGAGGCAGAUACGCCACAUGAAGAGGAAGAGAGCUCAAUCAAUCCAUACUUAUUUCAAGCCAAUUGGUUCAAUCUCCCAGCCAUGUGAACAUGGUGAUGGUGCUAAUACAAAUGAUGUGCAGCCUAGCGAAGAGAACAACCCUAGUCAUGCUGAAGGUGAUGCUCAAGAUGUUCCAGUGCCAGAAGUUACAGAAGAAGCUACAGUCAUAACCACAAAAUAUGAUCGAGACCCAGGGAGGCGCCCUCAAAUUUGGCAACUCCCUCCAGAAAAGCAAGAUGAUGCUAGGCGUUUUUACAUAUGUGAUUGGGCCUACGAGCCCGAAUUGGAUAAUUAUGAAUAUAAUGAUAGAAGUGCUACAGUUGGGAAGUGUGGUUCGGACACAUUCACUGUCAAAGGAUUUGAUAAGUGGAAGAAGGUUAACAAUGGAAAAGAAUGUGCUUUUCUCAAACAUAUGGGCACUACUCCCAGCUCUGCUCAUAACUUUGCAGUUCGGUGUUACGAAAAUCUGAAAAAUAAUCCAAUUCAUAUUGACAAGGUGAUGAAAAAGCAAACUAAGCAAAUGGUUCUUCAUGCAAGACUGAGGCUUAAGACUUCUAUUGAUGCCAUGAGGUGGUUAAUGUUUCAAGCAUGUCCAUUUAGAGGAAAUGAUGAAUCUGAGGAUUCCAAGAAUCAAGGUAAUUUCAAGGAAAUGAUUAAGCUUUUGGCUUCUUAUAAUAAGGAUGUACAAGAAGUUGUACAGAAUGCUCCUAAAAAUGCAAACAAGUUUGCAAUACUGGUUGAUGAAUGUCGGGAUGAGUCUAAAAAAGAGCAGAUGGCAGUAGUUGUUCGGUUUGUGAACAUAGAAGGGUUGAUAAGGGAGCGUUUCCUUGAUCUUGUUCAUGUUAGUGACACUUGUGCUUUGACUCUCAAGAAUAAAAUCAUUGCUGUCCUAGUUGAUAAUGGGUUGAAUGUGCAAGAUAUUAGAGGCCAAGGGUACGAUGGAGCAAUUAGUGCAUCUCCCAAACGUAAUGAUGAGUUACUAGAAAACCAGGCAGCUCAAAUUGCUAGACAGAUUGAAUUGGGAGAGCUUGACACUGGAAGAGGGGCUAAUCAAAUAGGAUCUUUACAAAGGGCCGGGGACACGAGAUGGAGUUCACACUAUAAGUCAAUCAAAAGUUUGCUCAAGAUGUUUGCUGCAACUAUUUCAGUUCUAAGAAGUGUAGCAACUGAUCGCUCAGCUACAAGGAAUUCAAGAGGAGACGCUGCAGGUGCCCUGAAGAUAUUAAACACAUUUGAUUUUGUCUUCAUUCUGCACCUAAUGGAAAGAAUUAUGAAAAUCACGGAUAUCUUGUGUGUUAAACUUCAAAAUAAAAGUUUGGAUAUUGCUAAUGCACUGGAUUGUGUUUCUAACACAAAGUCGUUGCUUGCUGAACUGAGACAAGAUGGAUGGGAAAGUCUUUUUGAAGAUGUCAAAUCAUUUUGUGUGAAACAUGAGAUUGAUAUCCCGGACAUGGAUCAAAGGUAUGUUGAUGUAACAAAAUCAAGAAAUAAGCAUGACAACACCACCGUUAUCCAUCAUUACAAAGUAGAUGUGUUUAAUGUUGCAAUAGAUCAACAAGUGAUAGAGUUGAAUGAUCGAUUCAGUUCUCAAGUUACGGAGCUUCUAGAUCUUUGUUCAUCAUUGGACCCUAGACAUGAUGCCUUCGACAAGUCAAAGAUAUGCACUCUAGUGGAAAAAUUCUAUCCUGCUGAUUUUACUAGUCAAGAAAGAGAUCGGUUGGAGUGUGAAUUACCACAUUUUCAGCUUGAUACAUUGAACCAUCCAGAGAUCAAAAAUUGCAAAUCACUUGCUGAUAUGACAAAAGGGAUAAUUAAAACUGGCAAGUCUUCUGAUUAUCCUAUGGUUGAGAGGUUGUUACGAUUAGUAAUAACUCUUCCGGUGUCAACUGCAACAGCAGAGCGAGCCUUUUCCGCAAUGAAACUUGUCAAGACACGUCUUCGAAGUAAAUUGGGAGAUGAUUUUCUUCGUCAUUGCACUAUAGUCUACAUUGAGAAGGAAAUAGCAGCCAAGUUCAGCUCCGACGAUAUUAUUGAGAUAUUUGAUACUGGUGCUCGUAAAUCCGACUUCAAAUUAAUAGAUAUAUCGGAAGAAUUUCGGAAAACAUGGCCGCGAUGGGCGGGGACCAAAGACAGAGGAUGGAGGCUCCCGCGCAUGCUUGCCGUGGACGACGACUGCGUCUGCCUUAAGGUACUGGAGGCUGUCCUGCGCCGCUGCAAAUACAACCAUGACAACGACAGUGAUGGAUGGGAUGAAGGCGUUGAAGAUACUCAGAGCGGGGAAGCAGGAGUUCGACCUAUUGAAUAUUGA